AUCUUAUAUAAGUUAACAUAAAGUUAUUUAUUUACUCCUGUUUGUAAUAAUAAAUCUUAAAAUUCAUUGUUUUCUACUCAACAAAGUAAAUCAUAAAAGAUAAGAUUAUGUUCCAAAUUGCAUAACCUAUAAAAUCAGUGGGAUUUCAGUUGAUCUUCAAGUAUUGAGUAAAAGUUUUUUGUUUUUCAUAAAUUAGUUUUAUAAAUAUUUUAAAACUAUAAAAAUGUAUGAAGGAGUAAUUAUUGAAAAACUUUUUACAAAGGAUCUAAGAUUUCCAACAUCAUUGAACAGUGAUGGGUCUGAUGCUAUGCAUACACAUCCCGAUUAUUCAUGUGCAUAUGUUAUUCUUGAAACAAAUACUGGACAAAAAGCCCAUGGAAUGACAUUUACUCUCGGGAGAGGGACUGAAGUUGUUAUUUGUGCAAUAAAGGCUUUGGAAAAUUUAAUCAUAGGUCAGAAAGUUCAAGAUAUAUAUAAUAACUUUGGCGAUUUUUGGAGAAAGUUAACUAGCGACAAUCAACUAAGAUGGAUAGGUCCAGAGAAAGGUGUAAUGCAUUUAGCAACAGCUGCUAUAGUCAAUGCCCUUUGGGACCUUUGGGCGAGACUAGAAGGAAAGCCUGUCUGGAAGCUGUUAGUUGACAUGUCACCUGAACAGCUGACAUCAGUCAUUGACUUCAGAUACAUAACAGAUGUGAUUACAAAAGAUGAAGCGAUCAAAAUACUAAAAGAAAAAGAAGAUAAUAAAAAAGCUAGAGAAUUCGACCUGAUUAAAAAUGGAUAUCCAGCUUAUACAACCCAAGUCGGGUGGUUGGGAUACUCCAGUGAAAAGGUGAAGAGCUUGUGUAAAAAAUAUCUAGAUCAAGGUUUUACAGCUUUCAAAGUGAAAGUUGGACAGAAUUUAGAUGAAGACAAGAAGAGAUGUGCAAUGGUCAGAGAAAAUAUAGGCUCAUCCAACGUACUGAUGGUAGAUGCCAAUCAAGUAUGGUGUGUUGAUGAAGCAAUUGAUUGGAUGAAAAGUCUGGCAGAGUAUAAGCCACUUUGGAUUGAGGAACCAACCUCUCCUGAUGACAUCCUCGGACAUGCUAAAAUAGCUCAGGCACUGAAGCAAUAUGGGAUAGGAGUUGCAACAGGAGAAAUGUGUUGUAACCGUGUAAUGUUCAAACAGUUUCUUCAAGCAGGAGCUUUAGAGUUCUGUCAGAUCGAUUCUGCAAGGGUCGGAGGGAUCAAUGAGAUACUUUCAAUUUAUCUUAUGGCAGAGAAACUCAAAGUCAAAGUAUGUCCUCAUGCUGGUGGUGUCGGGCUUUGUGAAAUGGUACAACACUUACAAUUUUGGGACUAUGUGAGUCUCUCAGGAACCAAAGAGGGAAAGUAUAUAGAAUAUGUUGAUCAGCAACAUGAACACUUUAAAACUCCUGUUGUAAUCAAGUCUGCUGCUUAUAUGCCACCAACAGAUCCAGGAUAUUCUAGUGAAAUGUUUCCAUCUACGAUGGAAAAAUAUGAAUUUCCUAAAGGAACUUACUGGCAGGAAUUAGCAAACAAUAAGUAAAAAGGUAUUCCCACACCAUUACUUUCAACCGUUUCAAGUCUUUUCCCAAGGUUUCAGCAGGACUUCUCUACAGGCGAGACAGAACAUAGUCAGACUGUAAUAAUAAAAAAAAAAAUUAUUAUUUUACAAUAAAAGUGUUAAUAAAAAG